UCUCUCCUCACUCUCGUCUCCUCUAUUUCUCUCUCUCGCAUUCUUCUCUUUGCGGCAGCGCCGCUCUCUGUCUCUCUCGUCUCCGGCCUCUCCGUGCCGCCGCCCUCGCCGGUUUGCCCAACCCCCUCGUCUCUCGACGCGCCGCCGCCCUUGUCGACUCGCCCAGCCUUCCUCAUUGUCCCGAAUCAUCCCGCCUCCUGCGUCCUGCGUCCGCCGCAGUAGCUCUGUCAAACAGCUUCCCCAUCCAAAGAUAGUUCGUUGGCGACGGGAGGAUAUCGGCGACGCGAGUACCUUUUUGUUGACGCUCUUACGUAUGGAGGGCCUUUUUCUGAAACGCUAUCACACCGCUAGUUGUAAUAGGAAUUACUUAUCGUUACUUUCUGUUUCUGGGGAAGACUGGUCUGUGUGUGAAAAUGAUGAACCUAUCAUGCUUCCUUUCGCUAGAAAUUCUACUAUUGAUGGUAGUAGUUGUGGUGAGCUGAUGUAUUUUGACAACUUUGGGGGUAGGAUUAUAAUUUGCAAUCCAACUACCAAAUCUUUCGUACCCCUUGAUCCACCCAAGUUCCCACGCCCUCCUGUUACGAUUAUUUUCUGUGGUAGUGGAUUUGGAUACGACCCUAUAUCGGAUGAUUAUAAGGUUGUAAGACACUACUAUCAUAGUUACUUCGAGUGUAUAAAGGACCCGGGUCGUGAGCCGAACAAUGUAGCUGAGGUAUAUUCGCUGAAAAAUGGUUCUUGGAAGGAGAUUCUGGGUCCUUUUGAUGAUGAGGAUGAUGAUGAUGAUGGGAUAUGUUUCGUUCCUACAGACUGUAUGACUGGCAUAUAUGUUGAUGGGGUUUGUUAUUGGACGUCAUGUGUAGGUGUUAUAUCAUUCGAUUUUACGCAUGAACUUUUCUCCUCCUUUGACUUACCUAUGAAGAAUAAGGACGGGGAUUUCUUGCAUAAUCUUAUCAAAGUUAAUGACGUGUUGGGUGUUUUUCGCAAUGAGAGGCCUCCAACAUGUUAUCCCAAGUAUGUUGAAUUCUCUUCCACUUUUGAGCUUCUUGUAAGGAAAGAAAGCUCAUGGGUUCCUUGGUUGAAUGUUGAUCUGUCUAAUGAUGUGAGGAGGCCGUUGCUGCUGUUCAAUGAAGGCCAAUUCUUGUUCCUUGAGAAACAAGUUCAUGAGCAUAUCUAUCAACUAGUCGUCUAUGAUUUCAAAGCAAAGAAGUUGACUGAAUUAGAUGUAUAUGAUUUUCCUGAAAUGAUGACGAUCAUGCCUCACGUCGAGACCAGAUUUCCGCUAUGGUUUCCAAUACCAAUGGAUGGAUUCUAUAGUAAGGAUGAGGAGAAGGAGGAGAACAAUGACCGGAUAUUGGAGUGGAGGAGGAAGAGGUGGAUGAGGAUCAGGAGGAUAAAGAGGAAGACAAAGAUCAUGAUGAAGAUGAAGAUUCGCCUCAAGUGGUGGAUAAUGUUGAAGAACUAUAUGAAGAGGGCGAUCAGGGCUGAUUCAAUGUACCAUGGUUGAAUUUGGGCACUUGAUCUCCUUUCUUUUUGAUCUGGUGAUCUUCAUGGAUGGCGUUGAUUUCUAGUGUUUCUGUACAUUUCUGUUUUCAUUUUCAAGGUUUCUUGAAUUACAUGCAGUAUAGUAGAUUUAGUCCUUCAAUUGCUGCAGCAGAUUAACUUUUGCUUUAUUGGGUAUUGAAUCAUUUGAA